AUGGUGGCUGAGGCAUUUAGUGAAUAUUAUAUUUGCAAUUUUAACGAUGCAGUAACUGUAGAAGAUCUUCCAGCCGAUGAGCAACUGCGUCAAUUAUGGACUCGCCAGAAUCUGUGGACAGUGGAGGAUCUUCGGGAGAUUCUUCAACGCUGGCGGGAAAAGAGCAAACCCAAUAUUAAAGAAGAUCCCACAUCCCAACUGAAGGAUUUCCUGCUUCUGAUCUUUGCUUUUGUUCAGAACAAUUUUACUGGACCCUUUGACAAACUUGAAGAUUUCCAGCAGAUACAUAGUCAACUAAACCUGGAGGAUCUGGAUGCCCAGGAGAAACUUAAGGCCAGCGGUGAGGAGCUGAAUCCUAAUGUAAAGACUGCAGAACUUUUACUUGUAGCCAGGGAAAUACUUCAGGAAUUGUUGGAAAUCUAUCCAGAAUCCAAGGUACUAAUUUGGUGGCACUUGCGGCUGAUCUGCCUACACCAGCACAUCCUCGACGACUUGGCGGCAUCUCUAUAUGAACAAUUUAAAGCGGCAGCUGGACUUCUUCAGGCUCAAAUCAACCAGUUUGAGAGCAGGGAACUGCAAUCGCUGCUGCUCUUGGAAUUGGCCAAUGGCUACCUGCAGUUUCACCGUUCGGAAAUAGCCUCCCAGUUGCUGGACGAUCUGUGCAACCAUCUGCAGGUGGAGCUGAAGGUUGAGGGCUUGCUGGGAGUACGCACCAAGUUCCAGCAGAAAGCUCUCCCGCAGCUCUGCCUUAAAGUUGAGCACCUAAAGGAGCAGCAAUCCCUUCCCCCGGCCAGUCGUACAAAUGAGAAGACCCAGUUGCCCAAGCUGCUCCUUCUGGAGGAUGACACGCGACUGGAGCGCAUUCGCUUUGUAGAGCUCAAGGACAAUGAGGUGAUGACGUUGCCCAGCGUGCUCCAAGCUCUGGUGCUGGCCAAGGUAAAACAAUUGAAACGCUCGCAGCCCAAGGAUCGCCUGGCGGAUGAGCAACUGGAGCCCUAUACACAAACCCUGCUCUACCAGGAGCAUGGACCUCUGCAGGUGCGCCAGGCAGCCCUUCUGCUUAACUGCCUGCAGGAAUCGAACCAGCGGAGAACCGUCGAACGCAGCUGGAAGCAGUGCGAGGAGUGCGUCAAGCUGCUGGACAGCUCAGAGAAGGAGCUCUCGCUCCGCUCGCGACUAUCCUACGGCUUUGCCGCCCACCUGAGGCCCAAGUGGCAGGUGCAGCUGCAACUGGUGGACCUGCUGCGCUCGCUGGGCAUGACCAAGACCGCUCUGGACAUCUGCCUGCGCAUCCACGCCUGGCAGCAGGUCAUCGAGUGCUACACGAGUCUGGAGCUGCGGCACAAGGCGGCCGAGAUCAUCCGGCAGGAGCUGGAGAAGAAACCCACUGCUUUGCUCUACUGCCUCCUCGGCGACGCCAUCGAUGAGCCCAAGUUCUACGAGCAGGCUUGGCUGCAUUCCAAGCAGACGAGUGGCAAGGCGCAGGCCUAUUGGGGCAACUACUUUUACAGGACUGCGGACUACACCCAGGCAAUGGAGCACUUUGAGAUCUCCCUGGAGAUAAACAACCUGCAGGAGGCCAUCCUGCUGCGCUGCGGCUACUGCGCCAUUCAAUUGGAGCGCUGGGAGGCGGCUGUUAAGCAUUAUCUGGCCUACACUCACUUGGAACCGAAUGGAUUCGAGUCGUGGAACAAUUUGGCCAAGGCCUUGAUUAAGCUGGGCGACAAACAGCGGGCCCAUCGCGUUUUGGGUGAAGCCCUGAAGUGCAACUAUAGCAACUGGAAGGUUUGGGAGAACUACAUGCUGGUGGCCGUGGACACUUCGCACUGGGAGGAUGCCAUGCGGGCCUAUCAGCGAAUGGCGGAGCUAAAGCAGCACUAUCUGGAUCAAGAGGUGCUCACCCGCAUUGUCUACGGCAUUUCCAAGGAGGAUCCCGUUGGUUCAGGAAGUCUAAUAAAGAGACUUAUAAAGCUGCUGGGUCAGCAGAGCAUCCAGCACGGAAACGAGCCUCUUGUCUGGGAAUUGGCUGCCUUGGUGGCCCCAACGCCACUGAAAAAGGCCGAGAAACUCGUGAAAUCCUAUCGUGCUUAUACCCCAAAACAUUUGGGCUGGGAAACCAAGUCGGAGCAUGCCCUAAAAGCUCUAGAUCUUUGCUUGGAGGUCUGCGAACUCUCGGUGGCGGCCAUUAAAGAGCACAUCCCGGAGGAGAGUGAGGUGAUGAUAACCUCUCAGCUGAAUUCCGCCCGACUGGCGGGCACUUCUUGUCUGAAUGCCCUGAAAAGGGCCAUCAAUGUGGAUGUGCCGGCCGAGCAGAGGGAGAAGGUGGAGCAGCUGGAAAAGCGUAUAGAAGAACUGACAAAAAUAGUCCAGCAGCGAAUGAAUGUGCCGAGAUCUUAGUUGACUUAAUAUCUUUUUAACAAAUAAAGAGCUAUUUUAUUUUAUAGAGGAAA